AUGGCCGACAGCACCACUGCUCGCUCGUUGCAGCGUGCAGAAGAGUACAUUGCAAACUACCAAGCGUGUCGCAAGCUCUACCAGAGCGGCAAACUCGAGGAGUGCGCCGAUGCUGUCAGGCAUUACCUCAAGACCAUCGACAACAGUUCAUCACUCUCCUUCCUGAUUCUGCUAGCUGGCUGUUCUGUCGACGAAGAAGCAGCGAACGCUCUUCGCCAGGCGAAUACCCUCUGGUCCUCUUCGCGCGCUUUCUACGCUCACGGCCAAACUGAGGAGGUCGAGACUGCCCUGAACAUCACACGCCUGCUCCUCGACACGACGAAGAGACUUCACGAAGCAACUGAUACCGCUCAUGUCUUAACGAAGUCCGACCACGUAGAGACAAAGCAAGACGUGAGUGAGAAAAAGCUGAUGAGUUUGGGCACCCACGACGUCUUACAACACGACCACGAGGGCGUCAAUGCUGCCGUAGAACCUACCCUGGGUCAUCUGAGCCUAGGACAGAUCGCUGUGCCGACACAGCAGAACUUGAAACCGGAAGUUUCUAGCAGAACUGUGCUUGGAUCACCUACUCUACCUUGCACCCCUGCCGACGACGAGAUCAAGGCCGAAACGACUGUUGGCGGAAGUUCCAACAAGAUGGACUAA